UUCCUUUAAGGGCUAGCCCUGCCCCUUCUGCUACUCGGCGGAGCUCAUUGGCAGCCGCUCCGUGAAACCAGCAAAGAGAAAAAUGAAGGGCCCCUUGAGCGCUUAGCUGCCCGAAUGAGUGCCCGAUGUGCCUAACAACGCUCGAUCAUCUGGAGGUUGUUUUUUUUUCUCCUGAGUGGCCUCCGGCUGUAGUCUCAACCGAUGAUGGGAAAAAAAAAAAAAUGACAAAAAUAAGUACUAUGAUGGUGCAUCUUUCUCAGGCAAAAGUUAAGACAGCUAAGUCGGAGGCGGGCCGGGACCUUCUAAGGCCCCUCCCUGAAGUUUUCCCAGAGUAAGCUGCGCGCUACCACCGUUGAGCGAACCUGUCUGGGUGGAAUGGGCCUGUACGCGAUCCGUAGGGCUCAAGUAUAAAAUGAUCCCCCUGGGCCAGGAAGAGCUUUUAGUGUUGGUGUGGGCUCUGUGUUGUCUGUAGAGUCUCACCCUUUAUUCCUUAGACCUGUCGCUUUGUCAGUUUCCUCGUCUGUAGUUGGAGUGAUGGAACGACCACCCCAUAGGGCGGCUGUGAGAGUUGAGAUGGAACCCUUGGGCUAGCGCUCAUUUUUCCUGGCCUAGAGCCAGUACAGGGGCCUAGCCCUCCCUACACACCAACGGUCUCAAACUCUGGGGGACCAGCAGCAACUUCAGGCCUGAGCUGGUGACAGCUUCCUGACCCUGGGGAGUCAGCAUCCCUUGCUGAUUUCCCUUCACUCUGCCCAUGACUCCUCAGUUGUACCUCUUAUGGCUGCUAUCUGUGACUAAUACAGGAGGAGUUGGCAGUGAGCUGUGGGCUGCACUGGCCUCAGCCAGAUUUCCUGGCCAAGCUCAGGAGGAGAGAUGCCCUGGACUGUCCUGUUCUUUGCAGCCGGCUCCUUGGCCAUCCCAGCACCAUCCAUCCUGCUGGUGCCCCCACACCCCAGCAGCCAAGAGGACCCCAUCCACAUCGCCUGUGUAGCCCCCGGGGGCUUCCCAGGGGCAAAUUUCACGCUGUACCGCGGCAGGCAGGUGGUACAGCUCCUGCAGGCCCCCGCGGACCAGCUGAGGGUCACCUUCAACUUGACCGGCGGAGGCAGGGAGGCUCCGGGGGGCACGUUUCACUGCCAGUACGAGGUUCUAGGUGAACAGCCGCAGCUGUCCGACCUCAGUGACACUGUGAGUGUCUCCUUCCCAGUGCCCACUUGGAUAUUGGCACUCUCCUUGAGUCUGGCUGGAGUUCUCCUUCUCCUUGCUGGGCUGGUGACCAUUGCCGUGGUGGUCAGGAGAGUGAAAGUAAAAAAAAUGCAGAAGAAAAGAGAGCGAGAAUCCUGCUGGGCCCAGAUCAACUUCGCCACCACAGAUAUGACCUUUGACAAUUCCCUGUUUGCCAUCUCUACGAAAAUGAAUCCAGAAGAUCCAGCCACGCUGGAUGCUUGCUCGGGCUCCGUCGAGACACCUGGCAACUCCGGGCCCCGGAAAAGGCCCACUUCCACAUCUUCCUCGCCCGAGCCCCCCGAAUUCAGCACUUUCCGGGCCUGCCAGUGAGGCUGAGGAUCGGGGGCCCCUCUGUGUCUGUGCACUCUCCAUUCAGCCCCCUCUCUUGAGGGCCUGAGGUCGCUCUAGCUACUUUGGGGUUUCUGGCUGCUGCUUUCUCAGGGAAUUGAAUAGAGGAGACCAAGAGAAUCCUUGGCCUUGGGACCUUCCUCGACAGAGGAUCAGGAGUGACAGAGGGGUCGCCCACAUUGUCCUGGAAGCUGGACAGAAAGUGGGAGCACUCUUUGGAUUCUACCCAGGAAGGAGAUGUUAGGAUCCCUGUGGCUCUCAGCUGGGCCAUAAGAGGUCUGAAUUCUCUGCACACCCUUCCAGUUUCCUCCUUCUCCUGCGGCGUCUGACUCGACCAGCCCAACUGGGUUUUUGGAGCAUAGGGUACCUGGGGGUAUGUUCUGUAUGUCUGUCCUACUGGCAUGCCUAAGUUAUUAAUUAUAACACGUGUUGAGCUGUU